AUGGAUGACAACUGCCUCGGUGGUGUAGUGGCUAGCAUGUACGGCUGCACACUCGGAGGUCCUGGGUUCGAGUUCCGGGUCGGGCCAGGUUUAGUUAUUGAGUCUUUCUGUAUAGUAAGUCUCAGUAGCAGCCCGGAGUUGGGCAGAUGGCGGUGUUUUACCGCCGUGUCUCGGAGAGCACGUAAAGCCUUCGGUCCUGCGCCUCAACUCUCACCGGUCGUGUCGAGCAGUCGUCCCACCGGAGUA